UGUUAUUUAUUUAGUUACACAAAUGAAAUCGUUGCUAAUUUGCAUUUUAUGAUUUGUAGGUUCCUGACCAGGGCAUCUCAACUGUUCGGCAGGAAGAAAAGGGAAGUGUCUGAUGUUGUGGCUCGGCAAGCGAAGGAGAUUGAAAAAUUAAAAGCCGAAGUCCAAUCCCUUAAGCAGCAGAGGAACGCUGCCGAACAAGAGGAAGAAGGAGAGGUGGCUGGUGAGGCGUAUGUUCCACAACCAUACGCUCCUCAGGAUGAGGUACAACCACAAAUUUAUGCUGAGGAGUUUAUUUCCCUCAACGACCAAGGUAUCCUAUACAAUUUUGAUGACCAUGCGGCCCUUAAUCAGCAAGUACAUCUCUGCUCUGACAACAUCGACAAUAUUGUGGCCCGAGGGUAUUUGUACGAGCAUGUGGGUAUGAUCAAAGUUCACUGCCAGGAUUACGAUGAUUCACAUGCCCGGAUCAUGGUUUCGGAAAUCCUGCAAGAGGACGCUGAAAUCCCAGUCCCAAUUGAAGAGUGCAGAUAUGUUAGGGACGUAUACCAGAUGUUCCUUCCUUGGCCUAAACACUUAAUUUUAACAACCGAGGGUCCACUCGCUCAACCGCCCUCAAGACGUGAUGCGUCAAAGGGGAAAGCUCCGAUGCUUUCUCCACAAGGCCGUGGUGCACGGGAAGAUGACUUGUUCACGGAAGAGAAGAUGGCGUUGAUCCCUAAUUCGCUAAAAUGGAUGAUUCAUGAAUUCCUAAGGCUCAAAGAUAAACGUGAUAUAAUCACAAUUCCUGUCCCCCGAGGAUUCAUUGCACCGCGUACCCAGAUCACGUUAUCUGGAGAGGAUUUGCAGCAGGUUGCUACGUGUGACUACAUCGGCAACCAGGGAAUGCUGUUUGGAAUGAUGCACAUAUGGGAGAGCAUCAACGGUCUGAGAAAAAUUUUCAAGUUUUACGACCCAGAGCUUCUCACAGUGCAUGGGAUCAACGAUGAAGAACAGAGUCAGUCUUUUGACGAUGCGGCAAGACGAUUGGCUAAUUGGUUAUCAUUAAUGAACAACAACCACCAAAUGUUCUUUAUUCCUUGGAAUAUCGGGAUGCAUUGGACGCUAGUGGUGGUUGCGCCAAGGAAAAUUAUCCAUUUAAACCCUGUAAAUGGCCGCCCAAUUCCCGAAGAAAUAGAACAAAUGAUCGGAAGGUAAUAAUUUAAUGACUUCUUAUGUAACGAAUUUAAAUUAACUAACGAAUUGAAAUGCUAAUAUAAUUUUCCCAAACAGGGCAUUCAUGUAUAUAGGGGACGCACAUCAGUAUCUUGGCCCGUGGCAAGGAAUUUCACAAGCAAACUGUCCAAGACAACCUAAAAGCCAAGAAUGCGGUUUUUAUGUUUUGAAAUAUAUCACUGACAUCGUCGCACGUGCCAACCCCAACCGUUACAUACAAGAUCAAAAAGCUGUAAGUUUUAAUUAUUGAUUAUAGUAUAUAAAUUUUAUAAUAACAAAUAUAUAAUAUACAUAUACAUAAACUAAUAUAAAUUUUUAAUUUUUUUAACAGUUUGGGGGUAAGAAGCAAUACGAUCCAAAAACAGAAUUGUUACCACUACAGCGAAAGUGGAUCGAACAAUUGAUGGCGGUGAUUCACGGUGACGAUUGAGGUUCAAAGGUCGAAGAAUUUUUCUUCAUUAUGUAAUUUUUAUAGAUUAACUUGUAGUUAGAUUUAUUAAUUUAUUAAUAUUUUUAACUAAUUUUACAUGUUUGUGUAAUAUUUAAUUACUUUUAUGAAAUCAAAUUAUGUUUUUACCCAAAUUUAAUUACUAUUUAAUUUAAAAUGUAAUUAAUAUAUAAUUAAAUUAAAUAAAUAUGUAAUUUAAAAUUUAAAUAAAUAUGUAAUUUAAAUUAAAUAAAAUAAUAUAUAAAUUAAUAAAUAUAAAAUUAAAAUUAUAUAAUUAAAUUAAAAAAAAUGAAAAAAACUGAAAUCUGCUCACUUUUGGCGUCGGUUGCUACGCCACAUAUGGCGUCGGUUAUUGGCUAGGAACUGACGUCAUAUAUACCCCUAUGGCGUCGGUUCCUAGCUAAUAACCGACGCCAUAGGGGUAUAUAUGGCGUCGGUUCAUAUAAACCCUUUAGCGUCGCCCUGAUCAGCGUCGGUAGCGAAUUUCGCGAAAACUGACGCUGAAAGGGCUUAAAAACCGCCUCUAAAGGGUGUUUUUGUA